CCGCCCGCGCGGCCUGGACGCCUCCUCGGCCCGGGAGAGCCGGCCGGCGCGGCGCGGCCAUGGGGCGGGCGGCGUGGGGGCUGUUGUGGCUGCUGCUGGGCAGCGCCGCGGGGCAGUACGAGAAGUACAGCUUCCGGGGCUUCCCGCCCGAGGACCUGAUGCCCCUGGCCGCGGCCUACGGGCACGCGCUCGAGCAGUACGAGGGCGAGAGCUGGCGCGAGAGCGCGCGCUACCUCGAGGCGGCGCUGCGGCUGCACCGGCUGCUGCGGGACAGCGAGGCCUUCUGCCACGCCAACUGCAGCGGCCCUGCGCCGCCCGCGGCCUCCUUCCCGGGGCCCGAGCCCGGCCCCGACGGCGGCCGCGGCGACGAGUGGGCCCGCGAGCUGCGGCUCUUCGGCCACGUCCUGGAACGCGCCGCCUGUCUGCGGCGCUGCAAGCGGACGCUGCCCGCCUUCCAGGUGCCCUACCCGCCGCGGCAGCUGCUGCGCGACUUCCAGAGCCGCCUGCCCUACCAGUACCUGCACUACGCGCUGUUCAAGGCUAACCGGCUGGAGAAGGCGGCGGCCGCGGCCUACACCUUCCUCCAGAGGAACCCGAAGCACGAACUAACCGCCAAGUAUCUCAGCUACUACCGGGGGCUGCUGGACGCCGCCGAGGAGCCCUUCACGGACUUGGAGGCGCAGCCCUAUGAGGCGGUGUUCCUCAGGGCCGUGAAGCUCUACAACAGCGGAGAUUUCCGCAGCAGCACCGAGGACAUGGAGCGGGCCCUGGCUGAGUACCUGGCCGUCUUUGCCCGGUGUCUGGCUGGCUGUGAGGGGGCCCACGAGCAGGUGGACUUCAAGGACUUCUACCCGGCCAUAGCAGAUCUCUUUGCAGAGUCCCUGCAGUGCAAGGUGGACUGUGAGGCCAACUUGACCCCCAACGUGGGCGGCUAUUUCGUGGAGAAGUUCGUGGCCACCAUGUAUCAUUACCUGCAGUUUGCCUACUACAAGUUGAAUGACGUGCGCCAGGCCGCCCGCAGCGCCGCCAGCUACAUGCUCUUCGACCCUGACGACAGUGUCAUGCAGCAGAACCUGGUGUAUUACCGCUUCCACCGGGCUCGCUGGGGCCUGGAGGAGGAGGACUUCCAGCCCCGGGAGGAAGCCACGCUCUACCACAAUCAGACAGCGGAGCUUCGGGAACUGCUGGAGUUCGCACAUAUGUACCUGCAGCCAGACGAUGAGAUGGAGCUGGAAGAGACAGUGCCGCCUGUGGAGCUCAAGGACCCCCCAUCCGAUGCCGAGUUCGAGGGGGAGGGGGACUACGAGGAGGGCAUCUAUGCUGACUGGUGGCAGGAACCGGAUGCCAAGGGUGAUGAGGCGGAGGCCGAGCUGGAGCCUGAACUAGCAUGAGAAGAGAGCUACCCUUGCACCCCUGAAUUGCUGGGGAAGCCUGGGCCCAAUGGGACCACCCUCACCAGCCUGGGCAGCAGCAAGAACUAUUUAUUAAAAACGUAAAAUGGA